UGAUGCGGAGAGACAAAACCUCCGUCUAACCCCGCAACACGACCUCAAAACCUCACCUUUCUCUCUGGAGCUGCUAGACAGCAAAUAUGGUUCCGACGAAAGAUACAAGUUCCAAAAACCCAACGGUGGAGGAUGAGAUGGACGCUGAGAGCAACAACGCAACUUCCGGCGCGGAUCGCAAACCCGUCGCAUGGUCGGAGAUAUUCGCCCAACACGAGUCCAGCCUGGCGUCGCAUUUGUACACACUGGACAUGGUGAAAUUCCAUGUCGCAGCGGAGUCCGAGGCUUUCCGAACGGUGUCCUUGAUGCUCGAAAGAACAAGGCAGUUAAUGGAAGAUUUCAAAGUGAUACAAAGGGAUUUUUUACCUCAUACCACGACGGAGAAGAUACUCCUGGGCACCUAUACGAAAGAUCUACCAGGGAAACCCAGCGUCCAUGGCGAUCGUGCUAAAUCGGAAAAUGCGUCUACUGCUAGCUCACGAGGAGCAUCGGAACCCUUCAAAUCGCAAGAUCCAAGUCGAAAAUCGACCCCCUCCUUCUUCUUCGAUUCGAAACCUACACCGGUAUCCAAACCUGAGCAGACAAAAAAGGGGAAGAAACGUUCAUGGAGAGACGAUGAGGAAGUAGAAUCGGAGAAUGUGGAAGACACUAUGGGUUUCGCGCAGAAGCGAAAAAGAACAAAUGGCUUGGUUCCCGGCCAUGACGAAGAUGUGAAGACUAUCAUGCCUGUAUCGAUGGAAACGGAGGACAUAUCAGACGAAGUGGCACGUCGAUUGAAGAUCAGAGAGGAACGGCGCAAAAAUAGAAACAACCCCCCCGAGAAAAGGAAGCGGGAAAGUACGAAUUCGAACGCGAGUCGUCUAUCUCUCGAAGACACAACGAGGCCGAAGAAAAAGGUCAAGUCGAGUGGCGUAGAUGCAAAAGAGGGCGGUGUUGGGUCUAAAUCGGAGAAGGACAAGAGAAGGAAACGACACUCAUCGGGGCCAUAUUCGGAGGACAACAGAGCAAAGAAAGUGAAGAAUGGGGAUCGAUAAAGGCUCCAACGACAUUAUCCAUUCUCCGAUCCAAAAUCGAGGUGCGGUCAGGCGUUUAGAUUUCAAGGCCGAUCCCAUCUAUCAUGAAGGCCGUCGCAAUGCCGUCCACGCAUAUGGGUACUACUUGGAUUCCCAUUGACCCUUUCCAACUCUUCAGCCUUGACGAGGUCUCCGAAACACAUCUUGGGCUACUCGGAUGCCUGCUGUCCAUUGAUGGGACACACUGAAGAGAGAUACUUGCCUUCCGGCGACUUGAUUCGGAGAAUCAGGCGGGAUAUCUACCCCAGAUCUGGUGAAACUGGGGAAGCAUACCGUACCUGCCUAGCAUUGUGGAGGAAAGUCAAUCGCACCGGGUACUGUAUAUAGCCGUGGUUUGAUAUACCGCCGAUACCAAAAAGGUGCCGCCCACCAGGCAGCGGCAGUUCAAUCGCUUAUUAUAGAAUAUUAUUCACUAC